AUGCUCACGGCUCGUCUGCGGCAAGCCUUGAUCGAUGAAGAAGAAGAUCCUGAGACCUACAAAUUGGAAAUUGAACUUGGGAUUGUUGAGUUCUUUGGCAGGAUACAGGAAGAAAUUGAUGCAAUGCGUGAACAAAUUAAUAGGAUGGGGAGUAAAGUAGAUGAAAGUGUGUGUACGCCUACUUCCUUUGGCAUGGCUACUUACUUUGGUACACCUACUUACUUUGGAAUGGCUAGUUACUUUGGAAUGGCUACUUACUUUGGAAUGGCUACUUACUUUGGUACGCCUACUUACUUUGGUACGCCUACUUCCUUUGGCAUGGCUACUUACUUUGGUACACCUACUUUUUUUGGAAUGGCUACUUACUUUGGUACACCUACUUUUUUUGGAAUGGCUACUUACUUUGGUACGCCUACUUACUUUGGAAUGGCUACUUACUUUGGUACACCUACUUACUUUGGAAUGGCUACUUACUUUGGUACGCCUACUUACUUUGGAAUGGCUACUUACUUUGGUACACCUACUUACUUUGGAAUGGCUACUUACUUUUGUACACCUACUUCCUUUGGAAUGGCUACUUACUUUGGUACACCUACUUUUUUUGGAAUGGCUACUUACUUUGGUACACCUACUUACUUUGGAAUGGCUACUUACUUUGGUACGCCUACUUACUUUGGAAUGGCUACUUACUUUGGUACACCUACUUACUUUGGAAUGGCUACUUACUUUGGUACACCUACUUACUUUGGAAUGGCUACUUACUUUGGUACACCUACUUCCUUUGGAAUGGCUACUUACUUUGGUACACCUACUUCCUUUGGAAUGGCUACUUACUUUGGUACACCUACUUACUUUGGAAUGGCUACUUACUUUGGUACACCUACUUCCUUUGGAAUGGCUACUUACUUUGGUACACCUACUUACUUUGGAAUGGCUACUUACUUUGGUACACCUACCUACUUUGGUAUGCCUACUUAUUUUACUAGUUUCUUUUAUUUGACUACUUUAUUUAGGUACGUGUGCUUACCUUGCAUGUCAUGUCAGCUCAUUUUGACCUCUAAAUCUAAUGUUUUUGCAAUUGUCGAAUAA